CGUGUCGCGAUCCUGCCCAGCUGCGACCGCGGCUGGGAACCGGGUGGGAGGACUUGAGCGGCGGAAGUCCGGGCCCUGAAAGGACAUGGCAGCUGUAAAGCCCGGCCUGGGCCGAGUCCUCCCUGGAUCGUCCAUCCUUUUCCUGUGUGACAUGCAGGAGAAGUUCCGCCACAUCGCGUACUUCCCCCAGAUUGUCUCUGUGGCCGCCCGCAUGCUCAAGGUGGCCCGGCUGCUGGAGGUGCCAGUCGUGCUGACAGAGCAGUACCCACAAGGCCUGGGCCCCACGGUGCCCGAGCUGGGGGCUGAGGGCCUGAAGCCCCUGCCCAAGACCUGCUUCAGCAUGGUGCCUGUGGUGCGGAAGGAGCUGGAUGCGCGCCCCCACCUGCACUCCGUGCUCCUCUGUGGCAUCGAGACCCAGGCCUGCAUCCUGAACACGACCCUGGACCUCCUGGACCGGGGGCUGCAGGUCCACUUGGUGGUGGAUGCCUGCUCCUCCCGCAGCCAGGUGGACCGCCUGGUGGCACUAGCCCGGAUGCGGCAGAGCGGCGCCUUCCUCUCCACCAGCGAAGGACUCAUUCUGCAGCUUGUGGGUGAUGCUGCGCACCCCCAGUUCAAGGAGAUCCAGAAAAUCAUCAAGGAGCCCGCCCCGGACAGCGGGCUGCUCGGCCUCUUCCAAGGCCAGAACCCCCUCUUCCGCUGAACUCCCACUCUGCCUUGGGGAGAGACCUCCCUCCCUCCUGUCACCGUGGAAGCGCUUUUCCCCCAUCCUUGGAUCCCAAGAGUGGUGCAGUCCACCGGGAGUACCGCCCCCUCGGGAGGGGAGGCGGGUGCUGCCCUGCCAUUGGGCAACAGCUCCCGGAAAUGCAAAUGAACUCCUGGAAACUGGAUGACCGUUGGCUGAGCUGAGCUGGAGGCGGGGCUCGGCCCCGGGCCACUUCACGGGGUGGAAAAGGGAGGGGAAGGGAGUGUCACAGACUUGUGUGGGACCCGCACUCGCAGAAUAAACAUCGAUGUGGC